GGGAGGAGGAGGAGGAGGAGGAGGAGGAGGAGGAGGGAGGAAGGAGGAAGAAGGAAGAAGGAAGAAGAAGGAAGAGCAGGACGAAGAGGACGAAGAAGAGGAAGAAAAGGAAGAAGAGGAGGAAGAGGAGGAGGAAAAAGAGGAGGAAGAAGAGGCGGAAGAAGAAGAUGAAGAAGAAGAAAGGGAAGAAGUGGAAAGAAGAAAGAAGCAGCAGCAGCAGCAGCAGCAGCAGAAGAAGAAGAAGAAGAAGAAGCCCAGCAGAUUAGACAAUUUGACAAAACAAGUUUUGCACUCCCUAGACCCAUAGUGGAGAGAGUAAUGUGGAUCAGCAGACAGGGUCUGGCUGACCUCUUGCAUAAAAAAUCAAUGAAGUGUUUCCAAAAAG